AAUGCAACUUAAGGCAGAGUGAUCAAGUGGCACAUCGCAAACUGUAAACUGUGAAUGACAAUUACAACACAAGUUCGCAAGUGAACAAUCUAUCAACAUUACAUAAAAUGAAAGUGCUUAUACUCAUCUCGCUGCUCGCCUUGUCGUGCCACGCCCAGCAUCAGCAUCAGCACCAGCAUCAGCAUCAUGCACACCUCAAUGCGAAUAACAUUCCACGCGACGAGAAGCCAGAUCAUCGUCAUGAGGAUCCUCGCGAGACCAGCACCUGGAUUCCCAUUCUGAAGUACAACAAGGAGCAGAGCGAGGAUGGCAGCUACAAGACCGAAUACGAGACGGGCAACAAUAUUGUGCACGAAGAGACGGGCUUCCUCAAGGACUUCGAGACCAAUCCCAAUGGAGUGCUUGUCCAGCAUGGACAAUAUUCGUAUCAAUCUCCAGAGGGCACUCUGGUGAAUGUGCAGUACACAGCCGAUGAGAAUGGAUUCCGUGCCACCGGGGAUCACAUACCCACACCACCCGCCAUACCGGAGGAGAUUCAGAAGGGACUUGAUCAGAUCUAUGCGGGCAUUAAGCUGCAGCAGGAGCGAUUGGAGCAGCGGGCCAAGAGUGAUCCUGCUUUUGCCAAGAAACUCGAGGAGCGACGAGUUGCCAAUCAGAAUGGCCAAUACAUUGGCCUGCUAGAGAACCAAUAGAGAGUGCUCCAAUAGAGAGAGAGAGCGCCGUAGAACCUAAACCUCAACCAGGAAAUCAAGUGCUGCACAUAAUUCGAGAAUUCUUCCAAAUUGAUGCGAAGGAAAGACUGUGAUUUCUGAUAUUAAAUGCAAAUUGAAAUUAACAUAUUCCUGGAAAUUCGCACGUAACACAUAAAUAAUAAAAAAAACUAAUCAAAAUACUUCAGCACAAAUAUUUAUAUUAA